AUGUUCAAGCGUCUCGUCACCGUCGCCCCCCGCGUCGGCGUUGCGGCGCCCCGUGCCUUCGCUCCCCUCGCAGGCCUGCAGUCCGUCCAGCCUACUAUCCAGCGUCAGACCCCCGCCCCGACCCAGCGGAGGAGCUACCACGAGAAGGUCUUGGAUCACUACAACAACCCCCGCAAUGUCGGAUCCAUGAAGAAGGGUGACCAGGACGUUGGUACCGGUCUCGUUGGAGCCCCCGCUUGUGGCGAUGUCAUGAAGCUCCAGAUUCGUGUGAACAAGGAAUCAGGUCGCAUCGAUGACGUUGUCUUUAAGACUUUCGGGUGUGGUAGCGCUAUUGCUUCGUCGUCUUAUCUGACUGAGCUCGUCCGCGGUAUGACCCUGGAGGAGGCGGGUAAGGUUAAGAAUACCGAUGUGGCGAAGGAGCUUUGCUUGCCUCCUGUUAAGUUGCACUGCUCCAUGCUCGCUGAGGACGCCAUCAAGUCCGCCAUCUCCGACUACUACACCAAGAACCCCAAGGCCCGAUCCACCGAUCUCUCCGGGACGGGCGCCUCCAUGGCUGACAUCCCUACCGCCGGCAGCCCUGCCGCUUCCCUGUAA